AUGCCAACAUCAUCUGAAGUAGCAGGCUUAAUAGUUGGUGAUUUUAGUGAAGUGAACUUCGAACGUGACGUUAUUGUGGAGCACCAAACUAAAGGAAUUCAGAGAAUCACAGAUCUGCAUCCAAGUUUCAUGUCUAUGACGUGCCCAUUAAUACACCCUUAUGGUGAAGAUGGAUAUAGACUUGGCAUACCUUUGAGAGACGUAACUGAAAGCUCUUUUAAAAGGCAAAAGUUGACAAUGAGGCAACAUUAUUGCUUUAGGUUGCAGCAAAGAUUAAAUGAGGGUCAUACUCUUCUUCAAUCUGGAUAUCCUGAUUUAUUUCUUACUUUCACUUGCAACCCAAAGUGGCCAGAAAUAAAUGAUAUGAUCCAUUUAAUAGGCCAAAAAGAUGAUAACAAUAGGGUCGAUAUCAUAUGCAGAGUAUUUGAGAUAAAGCUAUUCCAACUAAUGCACGAUCUGAAAAAAGAACAACCGUUUGGAAAGAUAAUUGCAUAUAUAUCUCGACAACUGAAGCUUGCUGGAGAAUAUUCCAAUUUGACAUACAUUACAGAUAGCCAGCAGUUGAAAGAUUACCAUUCCAUUUACCUAGAGAGCACACAAAAAACAAAGUUCACUCAAUGGUUGGAGGCAAACAAGAAUUAUGAUGAUGCACAAGAGCUAACUUAUUCGGAUUUCCCUAUAAGUUGGGUUUGGAAUUCAAAGGAGAAAACAUGGACUAGGAGAAAAAAUGGAUUGGCAAUUGGAAGAAUUUACUUUGCGCAUCCUUCGACUGGAGAACGCUUCUAUUUGAGAAUGUUGUUAAAUUUUGUCAAAGGGAGCACUUCUUAUGAAAGUAUUAGAACAAUAAAUGGGGUGACAUAUCCUAAUUUUAAAGGCGCAUGCUAUGCUUUGGGAUUGUUAGACGAUGAUAAAGAGUGGAUAGAUUGCUUGACUGAAGUUGCAAUAUGGGCAACUAGAAAAGAAUUAAGACAUCUUUUCGUCACGAUACUCAUUCACUGUCAAGUUUCUGAUGCAUCACAACUUUGGAAAUCUAAUUAUAUUGCAUUGUCAGAAGACAUAACUUCAUUGCAAAGGAAGAGAUUUAGAAUGAAUGAUCUUAAGUUAACUGAACAACAAGUUGAAGCAUACACAUUGUUCAAGAUUGAAAGUAUCAUGCUGAAUAUGGGAAAAAGUUUGAAAGAUAUAGAUGGAAUGCCCCUGCCUAAUCCAUCUUUGAUAAGAGACUCGGGUAAUAGAUUGGUUAAUGAAGAGCUUGAUUAUGACCGAGAUCAAUUAAAGAUAUUGCAUGAGAAAUCAUUUGCUGCUCUAAAUCCUUGCCAAAAAUCAGCUUAUAAAGCAAUAGUACAUUUAGUAGAGAAUGAACAAGUCUUACCUGUAGCAACUUCAGGCAUAGCUGCUUUGUUAUUGCCUAAUGGUAGGACAGCUCAUUCACGAUUUCAUAUUCCCUUGAAUGUUACAGCAGAGUCGACUUGUGAAAUUCGACAAGGCACCCUACUAGCUGGACUUCUUAUGAAAACUUCUUUGAUCAUUUGGGAUGAAGCACCUAUGGCAAAUAAGUUCUGCUUUGAAGCUUUGGAUAAGACCUUAAGAGAUAUUCUAAGAACAAGGUUUGAAAAUAGCUCUAACAAACCUUUUGGAGGACUUACAAUAGUGUGUGGUGGUGAUUUCCGACAAAUAUUACCAGUUGUCGCAAAAGGUACAAGAGCUGAUAUUGUUGAUGCUUCUCUUAACUCGUCAUAUUUGUGGCCAUUUUUCAAAAUAUAUGAGCUCAACCAAACUAUGAGGCUAUAUAAUGGAAGCUUGACUGGUUUUGAGGCUGCUAAAAUAGCUUCUUUUGACAAAUGGAUGUUGCAUAUUGGAGAUGGUUCAUUAUAUGAUGACAUUGAUAGACAAUUAAUUAAGCUUCCUUCUGAUAUCGCCAUAAAUCCAUCUCAAGAUCCAAUGAAAUCCAUAAUUAAAGUUAUCUACCCAUCACUUUUACAAAAGUACAACGAUCCUACAUAUUUGACAGAAAGAGCAAUAUUAACACCAAAAAAUGAAAUGGUCUAUGAACUAAAUGGGAUGAUUAUGAAUAUUAUACCAGGUGAAGGGAGAACAUAUUUUAGCUCAGAAAAUAUAUGCAAAGCAAGUGUAAAGACAAAUGAUGAAGAUCUUUUGUAUCCAGCUGAAUUUUUGCAUGGUUUGAAAUUUAAUGGCAUCCCUAAUCAUGAGAUGCGACUUAAGGAAGGUGCUCCUGUAAUGCUCCUUAGAAAUCUAAAUCAAAGAGAAGGCCUAUGCAAUGGCACAAGAUUGAUUAUCAGGCAUCUUGGUAAAUGGUUCAUUAGAGGCGACAUCAUUUAUGGAACAAAUAUUGGUGAAAAUGUCACAAUUCCAAGAAUUAUCAUGUCUCCCAAUGAAUCAAGAUGGCCAUUCAAGCUUAAUAGACGACAACUUCCCUUGGCACCAUGUUUUGCCAUGACAAUCAACAAAAGCCAAGGACAAUCUCUUAAACAUGUUGGCUUGUACCUCCUUAAGCAAGUAUUCACCAACGGUCAAUUAUAUGUUGCUGUGUCCCGAGUUACCACCAGAGAAGGAUUAAUCAUACUAAAUGCUGAUGAUGAGGUGGGAGACCCAACCUUAAUAAAAAAUAUUGUUUACAAAGAAGUAUUUCAAAAUACCCACUCAUAA